AUGGCUCCCGCCGUCAACGGUGUCAAUGGCACCAAACCCCUUACCAACGGGACGCCCAGCUCAUGGCAGGCAAAACACAAUGUGGCCUCUCAUUUCGUUGGAGGCAACAGACUAGAAAAUGCUCCGCCGAGCAAAGUGAAGGACUUUGUUCAGGAGCACGACGGCCACACUGUCAUUACCUCAGUGCUCAUUGCAAACAACGGUAUUGCAGCAGUCAAGGAAAUCCGCUCAGUACGGAAAUGGGCCUACGAGGUGUUCGGCGACGAGCGGGCCAUCCAGUUCACUGUGAUGGCCACGCCCGAAGAUCUGCAGGCAAACGCAGACUAUAUUCGCAUGGCGGACCAAUACGUCGAGGUGCCCGGAGGCACAAAUAACAACAACUAUGCCAACGUCGAAUUGAUCGUUGAUAUUGCCGAGCGGAUGAACGUCCACGCGGUCUGGGCUGGCUGGGGUCACGCCUCAGAAAACCCCAAAUUGCCAGAAUCUCUGGCAGCAUCUCCCAAGAAAAUCGUGUUCAUUGGUCCUCCGGGAUCAGCAAUGCGAUCGUUGGGUGACAAAAUCUCUUCUACAAUUGUCGCGCAGCACGCCAAGGUGCCCUGUAUCCCAUGGUCAGGAGAGGGUGUUGAUGAGGUAGAAAUCGACAGAGAUGGCAUCGUGACCGUAAAAGAUGAUGUCUACGCAAAAGGCUGUGUAAACUCCGCAGAAGAAGGCCUGGCGGCCGCAAAGAAGAUCGGCUUCCCUGUCAUGGUCAAAGCGUCCGAAGGUGGUGGUGGCAAAGGUAUCAGAAAGGUCGACGACGAGUCAAAUUUCGUCGAACUGUACAACGCCGCCGCAAAUGAAAUCCCUGGGUCUCCCAUCUUUAUUAUGAAGCUGGCAGGGAAUGCUCGACACUUGGAAGUGCAGCUCCUUGCUGAUCAGUAUGGCAACAACAUCUCAAUCUUCGGCAGAGAUUGCUCGGUUCAACGAAGACACCAGAAAAUUAUUGAAGAGGCUCCCGUCACCAUUGCCAGCCAAGAUACCUUCCGCAAUAUGGAGGCUGCUGCCGUCCGUCUCGGUGAGCUGGUCGGCUACGUCUCUGCCGGCACGGUGGAAUACCUUUAUUCCCACUCAGACGACAAAUUCUACUUCCUGGAGCUGAAUCCCCGUCUUCAAGUCGAACAUCCCACCACUGAAAUGGUCAGCGGUGUCAAUUUGCCAGCUGCUCAACUUCAGGUUGCCAUGGGUCUACCGCUUCACCGCAUCCGUGACAUUCGCUUGUUGUACGGAGUCGACCCUCACACAACAACCGAAAUUGACUUCCAUUUCAAGAACGAAGCCAGUCUGAAGACUCAACGCCGGCCUCGUCCCAAGGGUCACUGCACGGCCUGCCGUAUUACUUCAGAAGAUCCGGGUGAAGGAUUCAAGCCCUCGAGUGGUACGAUGCACGACCUCAACUUCCGUUCAAGCUCGAACGUGUGGGGUUAUUUCUCAGUCUCCUCGAAUUCUAGCAUUCACAGUUUCUCUGACAGCCAGUUUGGUCAUAUUUUCGCUUAUGGCGAAAAUCGAUCUGCUUCUCGAAAACACAUGGUUGUCGCCUUGAAGGAGUUGAGUAUUCGUGGAGACUUCAGGACCACGAUCGAAUACCUGAUCAAGUUGUUGGAAACUCCAGCUUUUGAGGACAACACUAUCACCACUGGAUGGCUCGAUCAACUCAUCUCCAACAAGUUGACGGCCGAGCGGCCCGAUCAAAUGCUGGCCGUGCUUGCUGGUGCCGUGACCAAAGCCCACAUUGCCAGCGAAGCAUGCAUUGCUGAGUUCCGCAAAGGUCUCGAGAAGGGUCAAGUGCCCGCUAAAGACGUCCUUAAAACUGUCUUCCCAGUCGAUUUUAUCUACGAGGGACAUCGGUACAAAUUCACCGUCACAAGAUCCAGUCUAGAUAGCUACCACGUUUUCAUCAACGGGUCAAAAUGCUCUGUUGGCAUCCGAUCUCUUGCAGAUGGAGGCCUAUUGAUGCUUGUCGCGGGCCGAUCUCACAGUUUGUACUGGAAGGAAGAACCUACCGCCAUCCGUCUCAGCGUUGACAGCAAGACGUGUUUGCUGGAACAAGAGAACGAUCCCACUCAGCUCCGAACCCCGUCACCUGGAAAGCUAGUCAAAUUCACCGUCGAGAAUGGUGCACAUGUCAGGGCUGGCCAGGCAUAUGCCGAAGUCGAAGUCAUGAAGAUGUAUAUGCCUCUGAUUGCUCAGGAGGAUGGUGUUGUGCAAUUCAUCAAGCAACCAGGUGCCACCCUGGAAGGUGGUGAUAUUCUGGGUAUAUUGGCUUUGGAUGAUCCGUCCAGGGUCAAAACCGCUGAGACAUUCACUGGCCAGCUGCCAAAUCUUGGACCCCCUCAGGUCGUGGGUAACAAGCCCCCGCAACGAUUCGCUCUGCUCCACGGUAUUCUUCAAAAUAUCCUCAUGGGCUUCGACAACCAGGUUAUUAUGGCCUCAACUCUCAAGGAGUUGGUACAAGUCUUGAGGGACCCAGAGCUGCCGUACGGUGAAUGGGCUGCUCGAUCGUCAGCCCUGCACUCGAGAACUCCGCAGAAGCUGGACACUCAACUUGAGCAACUUGUUGAGCGUGCACAUUCGCGCCAGGCAGAAUUUCCAGCGAAGCAACUUCAGAAGGCAAUUAACCGAUAUAUUGAGGACAACAUGUCCGCAAGCGACGGGGCUGCCCUUCACGCCACUCUACAGCCACUGGAAGAUGUUUGCGCCGGGUACGCUGAUGGCUUGAAGACACAUGAGUACAAUGUGUUCAUCGGCCUCCUAGACCAGUACUACCAAGUCGAGAAACUCUUCGCCUCUGGCACUGCCAGGGAUGAAGACGUGAUCUUGAAGCUUCGCGAGCAGCAUAAAGAUGACCUACUCUCGGUUGUUUGGACUGUGUUGUCCCACACCCGUGUUUCGGCCAAAAACAACCUGAUUGUCGCCAUUCUGGACAUGUACAGACCGAACCAACCGAAUGUUGGUAACGUUGGCAAGUACUUCAGACCAGCCCUGCGCCGACUCACAGAACUCGAAUCGCGGGCAACAGCCAAGGUUGCACUCAAGGCCCGUGAGCUUCUCAUUUUGUGCGCACUACCUUCUCUUGAAGAGAGAGCUUCUCAGAUGGAGCACAUCCUCAAAUCUUCAGUGGUUGAAUCCAAAUACGGAGAGACUGGCUGGGAGCAUCGGGAGCCGGAUCUAGACGUGUUGAGAGAAGUGGUAGAUUCUCGCUACACUGUCUUCGACGUGUUGCCCCUUUUCUUCGCUCAUCACGACCCAUGGGUCAGUCUCGCUGCUCUUGAAGUUUACGUGCGACGCGCCUACCGUGCCUACACUGUCAAGCAGGUUGAGUAUCACAAUGACGUUGAGCCGCCAUUCUUUCUCUCGUGGGACUUUGUCCUCCGCAAAGUUGGACAGUCAGAAUUUGGGCUGCCUCUCGCAUCAUCCUACCCAUCUGGACAAGCAACUCCUUCACAGAAUGGCAAUCAAUUCAAGCGCAUCGCAUCCGUUAGCGACCUGUCAUACCUCAACAAGCUUCAGGGAGACGAUGAGCCUUCCCGCAAGGGUGUCAUAGCUCCUUGCCACUACCUCGAGGAAGUCGAUGAAUGUCUUGCUCGCGCUCUUGAGGCAUUCCCCAAGGGAGGUCCAGAAAAGCGUCCGAGCGCCACGCAUCUAAUGCCAACCCUCGAAAGCCAGAGAAGGCCACCAAAGGCGGAGAGCCUAGAAGAUGAGCUGACAAAUGUCUGCAACAUCGCCAUUCGCGACAUUGAAAAUCUGAGCGACGAAGAGAUUCUGGAACGUGCGCACAGCUUGAUCAACGAGUACAAGUCAGAACUGUUGGCCCGUCGGGUUCGUCGUCUUACAUUUAUCUGUGGUCACAAAGAAGGCACCUAUCCUGGAUAUUUCACAUUCCGUGGUCCUACAUACGAUGAGGACGUCAGCAUUCGUCACAAUGAACCUGCCCUUGCCUUCCAGCUUGAACUUGGUAGAUUGUCGAAGUUCAAGAUCAAGCCAGUCUUCACAGAAAAUAGAAAUAUUCAUAUUUACGAGGCUAUCGGCAAGGGCGAUGACAGGGACAAGGUCGUUGAUAAGCGCUACUUCACUCGUGCCGUGGUCAGACCGGGCCGUUUGAAGGACGAGAUUCCUACUGCCGAAUACCUCAUCUCCGAGACUGAUCGAUUGGUCAACGACAUCUGUGACGCUCUCGAGAUCAUCGGCAACAACAACUCUGACUUGAACCACAUCUUUAUCAACUUCACUCCUGUGUUCAAUUUGCAACCCGGAGAUGUGGAAGAGCAAGUUGCUGGUUUCUUGGAGCGUUUCUCUCGAAGGUUCCUCCGCCUUCGGGUAACUGGUGCUGAGAUCAGAAUCCUUUGCACUGACCCCGAGAGUGGAUUGCCAUAUCCUCUGCGGGUCAUCAUCACCAACACGUCCGGAUAUGUUGUCAAAGUCGAGACAUAUGUCGAAAAGAAGGCACGCAAUGGCGAAUGGGUGUUUGAGAGCAUUGGUGGCACUACUAAGAUUGGUUCAAUGCAUCUCCGUCCUGUCUCUACCCCUUACCCAACUAAGGAAUGGUUGCAGCCCAAGCGAUACAAGGCCCACAUCAUGGGCACUCAGUAUGUGUACGAUUUCCCUGAGCUCUUCAGACAGGCCAUCUACAACAGCUGGAACAAAGCCGUGGCGAAACAUGCCCCGCUUGCCGAGUCGAAGCCAGAAAUGGCAACCUGUCUUGAGUAUAACGAGCUGAUCAUCGACGACGCGGACAACGUCACUGAGGUGUCUCGUGAGCCGGGAACCAACAGCUGCGGUAUGGUCGCCUGGAUUUUGACAGCCAAAACUCCAGAAUAUCCUAGAGGGAGACGAUUCAUCAUCAUUGCCAAUGAUAUCACCUACCAGAUCGGCUCUUUCGGCCCCAUUGAGGACAGAUUCUUCAACAAAUGCACGGAGUAUGCUCGAAAACUCGGCAUUCCUCGCAUUUAUCUUUCUGCCAACUCUGGUGCUCGCAUUGGUAUGGCCGAGGAGCUUAUUCCUCACUUCUCUGUUGCGUGGAAUGACGAGUCAAACCCGAGCUCAGGCUUCAAGUAUCUCUAUUUGACUCCCGAGAAGAGAGAGUUGCUGAGCAAGACGGACAUCAUCACUGAAAAGGUCGUCGAGGACGGCGAGGAGCGACACAAGAUCACGACCAUUGUUGGCGCUAAGGACGGACUGGGCGUGGAAUGCUUGCGGGGCUCCGGUCUCAUUGCUGGUGCUACAUCCAGAGCUUAUGAGGACAUUUUCACCUUGACUCUCGUCACCUGCCGAUCCGUCGGUAUUGGUGCUUACCUUGUCCGUCUUGGACAGCGUGCCAUCCAGAUCGAAGGUCAACCGAUUAUCCUCACUGGUGCGCCUGCUUUGAACAAGGUGCUUGGUAAAGAAGUCUACACCUCCAACUUGCAGCUGGGCGGCACCCAAAUCAUGUACAAGAACGGUGUCUCUCACAUGACUGCCAGCGACGAUUUCCAGGGUGUUGAAAAGAUCGUAGAGUGGCUGUCCUUCAUCCCCGACAAGAAAGGACAACCGGUCCCAGUGAGCCCACCUUCAGAUCCUUGGGAUCGUGAUAUCACAUUCUAUCCACCAAGAGGGCCUUACGAUGUGAGACACCUUAUUGCUGGCAAGGACGAUGAAGAAGGUUUCUUGUCUGGUCUCUUCGACAAGGACUCCUUCCAAGAAGCUCUCGGUGGCUGGGCCAGAACUGUCGUCGUUGGUCGCGCUCGCCUUGGUGGCAUCCCAAUGGGUGUCAUCGCGGUUGAGACGCGCACUGUCGAGAACGUCACACCUGCUGAUCCUGCCAAUGCUGACUCAAUGGAGCAAAUUGUGCAAGAGGCUGGUGGUGUGUGGUUCCCCAACUCCGCCUUCAAGACUGCCCAAGCCUUGAAAGACUUCAACUAUGGCGAGCAACUGCCAUGUAUGAUCCUUGCCAACUGGCGCGGUUUCUCCGGAGGUCAACGAGACAUGUACAACGAGGUCCUCAAAUAUGGUUCGUACAUUGUCGAUGCUCUUGUCAAAUAUGAGCAGCCAGUCUUUGUCUACAUUCCUCCCUUCGGUGAGCUUCGUGGUGGAUCAUGGGUUGUUGUUGAUCCUACUAUCAACCCUGAACAGAUGGAGAUGUAUGCCGACGUCGAGUCGCGUGGUGGUGUCUUGGAGCCUGAGGGUAUUGUUGGCAUCAAGUACCGAAAAGAAAGACAGCUGGAGACCAUGGCCCGUCUGGAUCCCACGUAUGCUGGGCUGAAGGCUCAGUCACUCGCCAAAAACUUGAGUGCCGAACAACUCAACGCCAUCAAAGCUAAGAUGACUGAACGUGAACAACUACUUGGACCUAUCUACCAACAGAUUGCCCUUCAAUUCGCCGAUUUGCACGAUCGGGCAGGUCGCAUGCUGGCCAAGGGAACGAUCCGGAUGCCUUUGGAAUGGAAGAAUGCCAGAAAAUUCUUCUACUGGCGUCUUCGAAGAAGAUUGUCUGAGGAGGUUCUUCUCAAGAAGCUCAACACCAGCCUGGCUGCAGGCACCGCACCUGUCACCACUACCAAUGGUAUGACACAAAGAGAGCAGAACCUCGCCACGUUGAAGAAUUGGUCUGGUCUGCUGGAUGCCGAGUUCGAGAAGGAUGACCGCAAGGUGGCUGAGUGGUAUGAGAGCCACCGGAAAGAGGUCUAUGCGAAGAUUGAUGCCGUCAAGACUGAAGCGGUCAGCAAGCGGGUCGCAGAGUUGUUGAUGGGUAACAAAGAAGGUGGACUGAAGGGGGUCCGUGAAGUGCUGAGCCUCGUGCCAACGAGCGAACGGGAGCAACUGGUCAAGUAUUUGACCGGUGCAUGA